UUACACGUGUUCUGUCAAUAUCUUCCAUUAUUGUUUUGGCCGUUGACAAUCACGUUUCAGACACAAGUUUUAUUAUUUAAUGUUGUUCAACUUUUCAAGUAAUUACUUUAAUAGGUACAAUGUUAAGAAGAAGAAAACUUCAAUUUAAUAAUGUUAAAAGUUUGGACGCCUUUCCAAAACUUGCUGAGCAUUAUACCAAACAAUCUGCUGUUGGUGGUACUUUUUCAGUGAUAAGCUUCUGUAUAAUUGUAUAUUUAACCAUUGCUGAAACAUGGUAUUUUCUAGAUAGUAAACUUAAAUUCAAAUUUGUACCAGAUACAGAGAUAAAUUCGAAAUUAAAGAUAAAUAUUGACAUAACUGUAGCAAUGCCAUGUGGACGUAUUGGUGCCGAUAUACUAGAUUCGACAAACCAGAAUUUUCAACAUUUUGAAAUUCUUAAAGAAGAAGAUACGUGGUGGGACCUAUCUCUAGAGCAACGCUCUCAUUUUGAUACCCUAAAAACAAUGAAUUCAUAUUUUCGAGAAGAAUAUCAUGCCAUUCACGAGCUUUUAUGGAAAUCUAAUCAAAUUGCAUUACACAGCGAAAUGCCAAAACGAUCUCUUCAACCUGAUUAUCCGCCAGAUGCUUGUCGCAUUUAUGGAAGUUUAAGUUUAAACAAAGUAUCUGGAAAUUUUCAUAUAAUUUCUGGAAAAUCAUUAUCCUUUCCUGGUGGUCACAUACAUAUUUCAUCAUUUCUUACAGAUAAAGAACAUAACUUUACUCAUAGAAUUAAUAGAUUUUCAUUUGGUGAGCCCAGUCCUGGUAUUAUUCAUCCAUUGGAAGGAGAAGAGAAAAUUACUAAUGAAAGUGCAAUUUUAUAUCAGUAUUUUAUAGAAGUAGUACCGACUGAUAUCGAUAUACUUUUACGUAAAACAAAAACAUUUCAAUAUAGUGUAAAAGACCAUCAAAGACCAAUUAACCAUCACAAAGGGUACCAUGGUAUUCCUGGUAUAUUUUUCAAAUAUGACACUAGUGCUUUGAAAAUAAAAGUUUUCCAAGAAAGAGAAUCAUUAUAUCAAUUUUUUAUAAAACUAUGUGCUACUGUAGGGGGCAUAUACGUUACCAGUGGUCUAAUUAAUAAUUUAGUACAAUUAUUCUGGAAAAUGUUCUUUUUGAAUCAUUCAAAAGUUGAAUCUACUUUAAAAACUUUGGAGAGUAUUGCUGACAAAGCAGGAACAUCCAAUUCUAUUAAUUUAUUACACGUUGCAACACCGGAAAUGGUUAAUAAUGUUAUAAUUAAACCACAAUAAAAGAUGAGUUACCAAAUAUAGUUUUUUAAUCAUUCACAACUAUUCAAUGAAUUUUACUCAUUUAAACCCGCACAAAGAAAAGAUGUAUAAUAUUUGAGCCAUCAACUAGACUUUUUAUUUGGCUCUAUAUAUUUGCGGUUUAAAAAGUCUGUAAAAUAUUAAUCAAUAUACAUGUGUGAAAAACAAUUUGUAUUGUUAAAAGGAUGAAAAAUAAAGUGCAUCUUUUAUAAA